GUUGCAAAAUUAGGCCUUUGCCAGUUGUUAUUAUCCGUUAAAAGCGUAAUCUUGGGGUUUCUUCCAAGGGAUAGUUUCCAUCCUAAAUGGUUUAUAGAUUGGGAGGGCUUUGACGCGUUUUGCCGAUUCACAUUCUAUUCGCCACUAUCGAUUUAUAGCUUUGUUGUGAAAUAAUCCGCCAUUUUUGGGGUUCUCAAAGGUUUCUCUUGUGGUAGUCGUUCCUGCGAUUUAGGGAUUGGACCUUGGUCCUAACCUAUUUCUUCGAUUUUCCAUCUUUAGGUUUUAGGAAUCUAGGGCUUUGAUUCCUUUAAGGGAACAUUUCUGCAGCGAAGGGAAUCUUGAUUUGCAGAAGUUUCUUCGAGAAUUCCGGACUUUCUUGCAAAAUCUGAAUUCUUGAAAUCAAACCUCUCUUCAAGAAUUCGUGAUUGGUUGCAAGAAAGUGAAUCUCGAACCUUGUUAGAACCACCGAUUACUAUUGACAAUGGAGGAGUCCGAUGGCACCAAGAAAUAUACCCUGUGGAAGCAAUCGUCCAUGGCGCCCGAAAGGGAAUACGAUGACCUCGAUCAUCGUCCUCUGGAGGACGAUCACGAAGACGACGCAUUGAGUGAAAUCGAUCCAGGGCUACAGCUAAUGUACAUGGUCAAUGAGGGUGAUUUGGAAGGCAUCAAGGAGAUUUUGGCCGAUGGAACUGAUGUUAAUUUCAGGGAUAUUGAUCACCGCACUGCUCUUCACGUCGCCGCCUGCCAGGGACUCGUCGACGUCGCCAAAUUGUUGCUCGAACAUGGGGCAGAAGUCGACCCCAAAGAUCGGUGGGGGAGCACGCCUCUUGCGGAUGCAAUGCACUAUAAAAAUCAUGAUGUGAUCAAACUAUUGGAAAAGCACGGCGCAAAGCAGUUAAUGGCUCCUAUGCAUGUUGAUAAUGCCCGUCAGGUUCCCGACUACGAAAUUGAUCCCAGUGAACUUGAUUUCACCGACAGCAUUGAGAUAACAAAGGGAACCUACAGAGUUGCAUUAUGGCGAGGAACUCGAGUUGCUGUGAAAAUAUUUUGGGAAGGAAAUGCGGAUGAGGAUAGUGUUGAAGCAUUUAGAGAUGAGCUUGCAUUGCUUCAGAAAGUAAGACAUCCGAACGUUGUUCAAUUUCUCGGUGCUGUUACACAAACCAGUCCUAUGAUGAUUGUGACCGAAUACUUGCCAAAGGGCGACCUUCAAGAAUAUUUGAAAAGAAAAGGGUCGCUUAAACCUGAAAUAGCGCUCAGAUUCGGCAUGGAUAUUGCCAGGUUGGGAAUGAACUAUCUACAUGAAAAUAAACCUGAAGCAAUCAUUCACCUUGAUCUUGAGCCUUCGAAUAUCUUGCUGGAUGACUCCGGACACCUAAAAGUAGCCGAUUUUGGAAUUAGCAAGCUUCUUAAAGUCGCAAACAGAGUUAAAGAUGAGAAACCUCUUCACAGUGGAUAUACAUCUUGUCGUUAUGUCGCGCCUGAGGUUUUAAGAAAUGAAGCAUAUGACACAAAAGUAGAUGUUUUCUCAUUUGCUUUAAUCUUGCAAGAGAUGAUCGAGGGAUGCCCACCGUUCCAUUCAAAGCCAGACUACGAUGUGCCCAAAGCUCUUGCUGCACGGGAGCGCCCUCCAUUCAGAGCCUCGACCAAGUUUUAUUCCCGUGGACUGAAAAAAUUAAUCGAGGAGUGUUGGAGCGACAACCCUGCUGAUAGGCCAACCUUUAAGCAAAUUAUUCCCCGAUUAGAGGCCAUCUACAACAGCAUCGGCCACAGAAUCCGCUGGAAGGUCUUUCCUUUUCUAAAGCUUGCUUCUAAGUGAUCAUUUUUCCAUCCGUUCGAGCGAUGUUUUGGUCAUGAAGCCAUUGAAAUGCUUUCAGAAUUUCGACUGGAAGAAGGAUAGCUCUAGUUUGGGAAGUGACGCUCAUUCUUCGACAUUCGGAAUUUAAUUUCAUCCUUGAGGAACUCUUGGCUAAAUCAUCUAUGCGUGAAUUUUUAUGGUUUUGGAACUGCAAGUAUUGUGUUAAAUAAUGCCAGAAACCUGUAGGCUGCUCUGUUUCUUGAUGAUGAAUUGAUCAUAUUCCUGAUUUCAACUUAAAAUUAUUUCAAUUCUGCAAAUUCUAAAGAAACUUAAGAAAAACAAGAAAUAAAAAUAUAGCUACAGCUACAGAAGA